ACGUCUUUCUAGUUAAUGACACAUUGCCUCUGGAUCUUGUUAUUUAACAUCUGUGAAACAAAUGUCCAAGACCCUUAUAACAGAGCCAGCAAAACCAGAGCAGCUAGACAGAUAUACACGCUGACACCAACUCUACAUCAUGGCUCUGGCUCUUUUGCUGUUUGUGAUACCCUUGUUGGCUGUGGUUUGCGGGCAGCCUAACUAUAUCCCAGAUGAGGAAUGGGUGAACAUGUUUAGGCAGGGGUUCAACUUCCAAUGUCCUCACGGUGAGGUCAUUAUGGCAAUCAGGAGUUACUUUGAUGAGAAUGAGGGCUCAGACCGCCUCUGGACCUUUGAAUGCCAGGCAACACCAGUCAAUAUGGGAGAGCCAACUGAAUGCUGGUGGGAUGAUAUCAAUCGAGCGGGGCAGGAAUGGUACCACUUGUGCUCCAAUAAUGGGCUGGUUGCAGGUGUUCAGAGCCAGUAUUUCAAUGCCGUCCUGGAUCGAGAAUGGCAGUUUUACUGCUGUAGGUACAGCCGACGAUGCCCCUAUUCAUGCUGGAUGACUAAUGAGGUCCCAGAGCACUACAAAGAAGAGGGAGACUUUGUCAUUACAAACUAUGGAUACUUCAUCAGGGGAGCAAGUACUACUUUCAGUGGCGUACAUAGAGAUCGCCAAUGGAAAUAUGUAGUAUGCCGAAUGACAGAAUUCGACUGCAGCUUUGAAAAUUUUUGAAAGCAAAAUGAUCCUCUACUCAAGUCAAACCAAGGACCUGUCACCCUUCUGACCAUAGAUUCAUUGCUUGAACUAUCUACUUGUGUGUGAAGACAACAUUGGUUCGCUUACUGGAUUUUAUGAAUUUUUUGUAAUUCAUGGCACAGCUUUUCAGUUUCAGGUGGAAAUUAUAUAUAUAAUGAAAUCUGGGUACAGGUACAUGGAGUUGGAGUAGAUGGCACAUUUAAAUUUAGAAGUCUCUUCUCUGAAAAUCUUUUUAAUAUCUGUGCAAUUCCCUUUCUUGGUUGUCAUUAUAUUUGAAAUGAUAACACUGUUAUUUUAAAAGGUUUCAGUAAUGUAUAUCAUAUUCAGUUAGUCCUUACAUUACAAUAUGUGUAUUGCUUGAUUUGCAGUUUAUAUCCCCAUGUCUAAACAACUGCUGAAUAAAGCUUUAUAAUGAAAACAACA